AUGGCGGAAAAUGUAGAUUUUCAACAAAAAAUUCAUAUAAAGUCUUGCGAUUUUAUAUCCAUUUGUCUUGACGAGUCUACCGACGUAACAGGCUCUUCUCGCUUAGCAAUUUUUGUACGUUAUUUCGUUCAAAACAAUAUUAAAGAAGAGUUGAUAAAAAUAUGUCCUUCUAAAAUUGUGUCAGUUACAACUGACGGUGCCCGCAACUUAACUGGACGGGAAAAUGGGUUUAUAAAUUUAUUUACAAAACGUAUUGGACACCCAAUUCUUUAUUUUCAUUGCAUUAUUCACCAACAAGCGUUAUGUGCAAAAACCGGUUUAAAAAUGUUUGAAGAUAUUUUGUGUUUUGUAACAAAAUUGGUCAAUUUUUUAUCAGCACGAGCAUUAAAUAAAAGAAAAUUUCAAGAAUUGUUAAAUGAAGUAAACUCGUCGUACAAUAGUUUACUUUUAUACAAUAAUGUCCGCUGGUUAAGCCGCGGAAAUGUUUUGCAAAGGUUUGUAGAUUGUUUGGAGGAAAUAAGAUUAUUUCUGAAUAAUGAAAACAUGAUUGACCAAUACAAACAAUUAUUGGAUGUAGAAUGGUUAGCAAAGUUAUAUUUUUUCACUGAUUUAUGUUCUCACUUGAAUGAAUUAAAUAUAAAAUUACAAGGUAAAUAUAAAACUGUAAUUAUCAUGUUUGACCUAAUUAAAUCUUUCGAAACCAAAUUAAACAUUUUUAAUCGCGAUAUUUUUUCCAAUUCUUAUAAAUAUUUCCCAAAUACCAAAAAUUUUUUUUCAGAAAGUGAAUGCCACGAAAAGCCAAUUAAAGAGUCAUUAACAAAAGAAUUUUCAAUGGUAAUUCAAUCCCUGAUUCAGGAAUUUUCUGCAAGAUUUACGCAGUUUAAAGAAUUUGAAGAAACAUUAAAAUUCAUUUUAUAUCCUGAUACAAUACCAUUCGAAAAAUUAAAUUUAAAAGUCCUUGACUGGUUAAAUUUUAAUGAAUUAGAAAUGCAAUUAGUUGAAUUUCAAUCAAGUACCAUAUGGAAACAAAAAUUUGUUGAUUUAAGAAAUGAUUUAGAAAAUAUUGAAAGUAAUCGAUUAUUAGAUCAAAUAAAUAAAAUUGCGGAAGAUGAAAUUCUAUCUACAUGGAAUUCAAUUCCUGACACGUUUAAUUGUUUAAAAAUAUUAGCAAAGGAAUAG